UUUUUGUAUUUCGGAGGUGAUGGCGACAGUGUAUCCAGCUAAUCGACACGGUUUUCUAGCACUGUCCACACUGCUUCAGAGGGCACUCACAGAGAGUGCAGUCAGUUCGCGAUUGAUUCGAUUACGGUGCGGAUGUUGUGUAUGAUACAAUCAUCGAGUUUUUGUAUCUCACGCAUUGAAAGUGAUGUGAUUGUAUAGCGUCAUAAUAUUAUUCGGAAUUACGGUGUUUUUCUUCGCACAGGUGUUUGUGAGUAGCUAAAAUUUUUUAAAGCAAUUGUAAAAGCAAGAGAAAUAAUUACAAAAACGGGGGAUUCCCAUUUGUGUUUUGUGUGUAGCUGUGUGUCGAGAAAAGUACGUGUACGUGAAAAUAAAGUAAUAAUAAUAAAAUUACGAAUCAAGAAGAAGCUAAAUAUCAAAUAUUUUGAUAAGUAAAACGCAGAACCAGAAUUCGGCUACAGAGAAAGAGAGAGAGAGAGAGUGUGUGUUGUUGCCGGUUUCAGCCAUCAGCAGUGGAGCACCGCUGAAAUUGUAGAGUGAGAGUGAACAGUGAGCGAACGGAUAAAGAGCAAGAGAUUUUGGACAAUAAAGAAGAGUCGGGUAGUAACCCCAAACAUACACGCUGGCGGAAAUGUCGACAGAACGGGAACUAACUCCCGGUGGACCCCCACAGAUGCUUCCACUUUCCUAUUCGGAUUUGGCAAACCACAUUCAGAUGAACGGGGUCAACAUAAUCAGUAAAAACUUCAGCGAAACACCAUGGAAUACUUCGCCGCCAAGGCCUCCAAGUCCGACUCAGUCGCAGACCAGCUUCGAUACACUCUCACCUCCUCCAACUGGUGCCACAGUGAAUCCCACUCCCGUAUCAACCACUGCUGGAGCGCAGAAUGUGGCCACCAGCGCGCUCGGGGUGGUCCCAGCGACUCCGCCCGCUCCACCAGAUCUGCCAGUGUUUACUUGUCCCCGGCGACCGAAUCUGGGGCGCGAGGGUCGUCCGAUCGUACUCCGUGCCAACCACUUCCAAAUUACGAUGCCUCGCGGUUUUGUUCAUCACUACGACAUCAACAUCCAGCCGGACAAGUGUCCCCGGAAGGUGAACCGGGAGAUCAUCGAGACAAUGGUGCAUGCGUACAGUAAGAUGUUCGGCGCGCUGAAGCCAGUGUUCGAUGGACGAAAUAAUCUUUACACCCGAGAUCCGCUGCCGAUCGGGAAUGAUCGUGUGGAGCUGGAAGUGACGCUGCCCGGUGAGGGUAAGGAUCGUGUUUUCCGUGUCACCAUCAAAUGGGUGGCACAGGUUUCGUUGUUCAAUCUGGAGGAGGCUCUCGAGGGUCGUACCCGGCAGAUUCCGUACGAUGCGAUUCUAGCGCUGGAUGUGGUUAUGCGACAUCUUCCAAGCAUGACGUACACUCCGGUAGGCAGAAGUUUCUUCAGCUCGCCAGAUGGCUAUUAUCAUCCUCUUGGAGGCGGUCGUGAGGUAUGGUUUGGUUUCCAUCAGAGUGUUCGUCCAUCCCAAUGGAAGAUGAUGUUAAACAUUGAUGUCUCGGCAACUGCGUUCUACAAGGCCCAACCGGUGAUUGAGUUCAUGUGCGAAGUCUUGGACAUAAGGGACAUCAAUGAGCAACGUAAACCGUUGACCGACUCGCAGCGUGUCAAAUUCACCAAGGAAAUUAAGGGGCUCAAAAUUGAAAUCACACACUGCGGUACGAUGCGUAGGAAGUAUCGCGUCUGCAAUGUGACCCGACGUCCAGCACAAAUGCAAUCGUUUCCACUGCAACUGGAAAACGGUCAGACAGUGGAAUGCACCGUUGCCAAGUACUUCCUUGACAAGUAUAAGAUGAAACUGCGAUAUCCACAUCUACCCUGUCUCCAAGUCGGUCAAGAGCACAAGCACACCUAUCUCCCGCUGGAGGUUUGCAAUAUUGUAGCCGGACAGCGUUGCAUUAAGAAGCUCACCGAUAUGCAGACGUCCACGAUGAUCAAGGCAACAGCCAGAUCGGCUCCGGAUCGCGAACGCGAAAUCAACAACCUCGUGCGUCGGGCUGAUUUCAAUAAUGACGCCUACGUGCAAGAGUUUGGGCUUGCGAUUUCCAACAGUAUGAUGGAGGUGCGUGGUCGUGUGCUGCCACCACCGAAGCUACAGUAUGGAGGGCGCGUUUCCAGUAUGAGCGGACAAUUACCAUCUGGUCCACAGAAUAAGGUGAGCUUAGCAUUACCAAACCAAGGGGUUUGGGACAUGCGAGGCAAACAAUUUUUCACUGGCGUCGAGAUCCGUGUUUGGGCGAUUGCCUGCUUUGCACCCCAGCGAACCGUCCGGGAGGAUGCUUUGAGGAACUUCACCCAGCAAUUGCAGAAGAUAUCCAACGACGCAGGGAUGCCAAUUAUUGGACAGCCGUGCUUUUGCAAGUACGCAACCGGACCGGAUCAGGUGGAACCGAUGUUUAGAUAUCUGAAGAAUACCUUCAACCAGCUGCAGCUGGUGGUUGUUGUACUGCCGGGAAAGACACCGGUUUAUGCUGAAGUCAAACGCGUUGGAGAUACCGUGCUGGGAAUGGCAACCCAAUGUGUGCAGGCUAAAAAUGUCAACAAAACGUCACCGCAAACUCUGUCUAAUCUCUGUUUGAAGAUCAAUGUGAAACUGGGUGGAAUAAAUUCUAUCCUCGUGCCAUCUAUCAGACCAAAGGUAUUUGACGAACCGGUGAUUUUCCUGGGAGCAGACGUCACUCAUCCUCCUGCCGGUGACAACAAGAAACCCUCUAUUGCAGCCGUGGUCGGAUCGAUGGAUGCCCAUCCGUCGCGCUAUGCUGCGACGGUUCGAGUGCAGCAGCACAGACAGGAAAUUAUCCAGGAGCUAAGCAGCAUGGUACGAGAGCUGCUUAUUAUGUUCUACAAAUCGACGGGAGGUUUCAAACCACACCGAAUCAUUCUCUACCGGGAUGGUGUUUCGGAGGGACAGUUUCCGCAUGUGUUGCAGCAUGAGCUAACGGCGAUUCGUGAAGCUUGCAUCAAGCUGGAGUCCGAAUACAAGCCGGGCAUUACAUUUAUCGUGGUGCAGAAGCGUCAUCACACGCGGCUUUUCUGUGCGGAUAAGAAGGAGCAGAGCGGGAAGUCGGGUAACAUCCCGGCCGGUACAACGGUAGACGUGGGCAUUACACAUCCGACUGAGUUCGAUUUCUACCUGUGCAGUCACCAGGGUAUACAGGGCACCAGUCGACCAUCGCACUACCAUGUCCUGUGGGACGACAAUCACUUUGAGUCGGACGAGCUUCAGUGCCUCACGUAUCAGCUGUGCCACACAUAUGUCCGGUGUACCCGUUCGGUAUCGAUUCCGGCACCCGCCUACUACGCCCAUUUGGUGGCAUUUAGGGCUAGAUACCAUCUUGUGGAAAAGGAACACGAUUCCGGCGAAGGAUCUCACCAGAGUGGUUGCUCCGAGGAUCGAACUCCCGGUGCAAUGGCUCGUGCAAUUACCGUACAUGCCGAUACCAAAAAAGUUAUGUACUUUGCUUAAAGGAAGUAUUGUUUUAUCUGUUCAGUUUAUUAUUUCUUACUAACUUAUAUGGAACGUUUUACGAUGCGUUUUUUCGUAAGAUUUUCAGUAAUUGUACAUUCUAGUAGUACGCUAGAGAAGCACUAUUAUGUUGUAAAAUCCAGUCCUUAGAGGAAAACAAAAAAGUAGGGACACACCGCAUAGCAUUGAAUGGUGUGUGGCCAUAGUCAGGAUUAGCAGUUGAAAUUAUUUAAAUAAUUAUGGAAGGUAUUUCUGCUUCGGUUAAGCUAUAUUUAAAUUUGUUCUGGUACUGACGAGUUAGGAGAAUCAAACCUCAAGCAAAAGCAAAUUAUUUACAUUCAGUGGACAAACACUCGAGCAAUAGCAAUGCAAACGUCGUGUAUAGGUUCGAUUCAAUGAAAGUUCUUUUCUUUCUAAUGUUAUUUGUCACUAUGAUAUGGCAACUCUUUGCAGUUUUGUAGGUUAUAUUUACUUAUUUACUAGGCAACACGUACACGCAAACACCAAGGAAGGUUUCUUUAAAAAUUAGUUUACUUUUGCUCAAAGACGUAUCACAUCUUAUAGGUUUCGAAUGGCUUUAAUCCAAAAAGAAAACAAAAAAUUUCAAGCUUCCAAUUUAGUUUUAAACUAGUGUACGGCUAUAAUAGUGAAGGCACCUUUUUCACAAAUGUGUAUCAAUCAGCUUUUAAGUUCUGAGGCUUUCCGACGUGAAGUUUCACAAUGGUUAACACUUAUUAUCAUUACUUAGCGUUUUAUAUCGAACUUUUAAAUUUCUGGUUCGUUAGUUUAUUGUAUUUUUUUCUCUCAAAUUGAAAUGUGCGGAAGAAAAAAAAAAACUAGGAAACAAAUUAUUUCCAAUAAAGAAUACACACUAACAGCUUUAAAAUAAAUCUCUUACGGAAACUGUAUAAACAAAGGAACACUUUUUAGGGAACAAUCUCACCCAGAUGCAAUAGAAUAAAUUUUAGACAUUCCUCAAAUCAGACAAUCGCGCAUGUCGAAAGCUGUAGUAAGCAGCCAACUAUCUCCGACGUCUGGUAGAGCAAAUUAACAAGAAGCAAAGAGAACGCAAACUAUUUCAUCUGUUUUUUUGUUGUUAAUGUGUUUUAUUUUUAAUCGAAAGCGAAGCAAGAAAAAGUAAACAAAGUACUCAAGCAGUUUAACUUAUGGAAGCGACAACAAGCAUGUAACAAGAAAUCAAACAAGGGAGUAAUUUUAUAAGUAGUUAAAAUCUAUUAAUUUCUUAUUGCUCGGAGGGGAACAGAAAUGGGGGACAUAAGCUAUUAUUAAUUAUUUUUUCUGUUCUGCCGAAGAGCAAGGGAGGAGAAGAAGAAGAAGAAAGAAGCCAAUCCCAAGUGAGAGCCCUAGUGGGAACUUAAUGCUAAAUGCUCCUUGCGCAAAGAAAACUGAACGAAGCCAACCACUAAACUUCAAAUAUGGGAAAACAAUUAUUCGAUAGUAAGCAUAGUAGUAGUUGUACGCUAAUAGCUAGUUAGUAAGUCGGUCACAAAAAAUGAGGAAAUAAUAACUCUUACACCGUUAUUGUAUAGGAUAAAUAAAACAAGCAUCUUCUGAUAGAAGUAAAUCUCUAAAUGUUUAUAAAUAGCAUCAACCAUAAUAAAAGACGGUAAGCCACAUCAAACUCCAUACACAACCACUGAUUUAUCAAUCAUAGCAACCGGAUCAAAUCAAUGUGGACGAAUAGUCUAAUAGAACAAGUGGAGGCAAUACACAACACUACACACGGAAAUAACAUAUUAGUUUAUAAGAAUUUUAACAAAGUCAAAUAUUAACUCUGUAGGGUGAACAAUGGGAGAUGUGAACAAAGCAAAACAGCAACAACAUAGUAAACAACAUUCGAAUACAAAAAUUGGGAAACUUGAUCAGAGCGUUGUAAAAAAAUGCAAGUAUUGAAUACACAGCACAUAUACACGAAAAUCACAUUUGAUUACACCAACAUUGGAUGUUUUUAUUUGGAGUUUUUAGCAAGAAUAGGAAAUGUGGAGAAAAUACCAAAGUAAACGAAAGGACGAGAUAAUUAAGCGGAUAGUGUUUGAUAGGAUGCGAUCCUCAAGUUUUGAAUGGUACAGUUCGCCUACAUAGUCUUCUCAUAUCAGUUAACAAUCGAAAUACCUACUGGCGGGAAGUGUUAGUGUAUUGCUCUAUUUAUGCGAUUUCUUACACACUUUUUGCGACGUUAUAUGUUAUACGUUAAAAAGAUAAACAUGAUUGUCGUACGUAGAGUCCUUCGCUUUAUCGAAAGGGUAAAUUUUAAUAGUUGUUUCUGUGUUCCAUUAGGAUGACACUAUUCACGAUUAGCUAAAAUUUGAACGGUAAUUUCAAUCGUAAAUGCAUCAUUAAAAAUUAUAAGCGUUCACCGUGCUUCUACCCUCCAUUAAUGAUGUAGAACGGAUUACCGAUGUUACUGAUUGAUUUACUUCUCUAUCCCUGCCAGACCUAAUCGUCGGAUUCAAUGUUUCUGAUUAUAGGCUCUUGCGGCACCAAAAUCGUUGCACGAGUUUUAACAUUCCGAAUUAUUCUACACAACGAUGAAUAUGUCACGAUCAUGUGCCUGCGAUAGCUAAAACUGACGGCUUUAUUCUGCGCGGCGUGUGACGUGAGGUGACUACACUCACCUCACUUUACGUGACUUUUUUCACCCUAUUCUGAAAGUCGACUCGAGUGAGGUGAGAUUUACCAUUGCGGUUAAAUGGGCGUCUCACGUCACCCGAAGUGACUCUUCAGAAUAGGGAUCUUUAUGAGUGUGCGGGUUAAGACAUACGGCCUUAUUCUGCGCGGCGUGUGACGUGAGGUGACUAAACUCACCUCACUUUACGUGACUUUUUUCACCCUAUUCUGAAAGUCGACUCAAGUGAGGUGAGAUUUACCAUUGCGCUUAAAUGGGCGUCUCACGUCACCCGAAGUGACUCUUCAGAAUUGGGUGAGAAAAGUCACUUAGAGUGAGGUGAGAUUAGUCGUCUCACGUCACACGCCGCGCAGAAUAGGGCCGAUAUUCUGAUGCAGAUUAGUACCGUGAGUUAAUAUCUCAGUCUUUUUUCAAUUUUUUGGUCCAAAACUAUUGGAAAAAACAUUUUUUAGUUUGUUUCCUUUUAGGACAAUAACACAUCCAAACUCAUGCGACUUGCACGACUCUAUAGGUUGCCUUAUCAGAUCUACCAUAGUUUGCAGAUGAAACUUGGGAUGGCAGGCUGCUAGCGGAUUGACAAAGUACCAGAUCAUGCUGUGUGGGGUGCUGUCCCGGUUAACAAUGAGGCGAACGAGAUAUUUGCAGAUACGUCAUUUAGUAGGACAACUGUCAGUUUGCUGGUUGAAUUUAAUUUGGUUUUUUUAAAUUUAAAAAUCAUAAAAGAAUUAUUAAGGUUUAAGAAUGAUAUGAGUGUACUCGUAAGGACACCCGCUAUUAAUACAUAAGAAAAACUGGCACAAUUUUUGCAAAUUAAAGAUCCCUAUUGGGUGAGAAAAGUCACUUAGAGUGAGGUGGGAUUAGUCGUCUCACGUCACACGCCGCGCAGAAUAGGGCCGUGUGUAUCUGAUUUUUAACUGCAUUCAAUGGUCUAAUCGCAUGAAAUAUAAAAUUUCCAAAAAGAGGAGUCUGCAGUAUAGAAAUGCAAUUGAAUAAGGCUAGAUUCGAUUGAAGAAUUGCUUUUGAAUAAACCCUAAAUUCCCUUACUUUCUUCAUUGAACACAUUUUACGUCACGUUCUAGUUCACUCUUUCUCCUCCAUAUGCUAGAAUCUUUGACCGGUAUCUCGCUAAUUACACGAGCUUUCAAAGCGUCAAUAUGGUGUCACACAGUUUCUUCUUCUCACAAUAACAAAAUAUAUAACAAAAUAUACUGCACUUUUCGCUUAGUAACUGGAAGUAGGCACCAACGUUUCUUGAGCGUGCUUUGAAUACAGACUUGUAUCAGGAAUCAGAAUAUAUUGGCUCCAAUGGCACGUUCCCCGUUUGUAGAAAGGGAAUUUGGGCCUGACCGUGUCUUAUUCUGAUUUUCUAAGCGGAAAGAAAGGAGAAGGGGAAGGGAGGAAGUUGAAUUGGAAGGGUGGGAAAAAAUAGCGGAUUUAUAAACAAUCUCGCGCAACAGCUCGCAGCGGACAACUCAACAAACAAAAAAACUGAAAUUUUCCCUUGAUCGGACGACUGUUCUGCACAGUAUAGACUAUUAUAGUGAUUAAAAGUUUAAAUUUUAGGUAUUUUGGUCAUUUUUCAAAUAAAGUACUCUUUUUAGCAGUAAGUGCGUUAAUAACAUUGUAUAAUGAGAUUUUUAAAUACCAUGUCAAUGUGUUAAUGCAAGACUGAGGUUAAAUCGAGUGGAAUUUAUGACAAAUGACAUUAAAUUAGGUGGACAAAUGACAUUAAAUUAGGUGGAUAAUGUGCGUGUCUUUUUUCGGACACAUAUUUUUUCUAGUUAGGGGAAACUUUGCCACUGCCACCACUAUUCAGGUUAUCUUUUGUGGCCCCUGUUUGCUCUACAUGUUACAAAUUGCCCGAAUCCAAUGCAGUUGGAAUCGAGUUGUUUGUUUGUCCACAUGUGUCGUCCCAACCAGGAAGUACAUUAUUAAUGUACCUAAGUAUCCGUUUGGGACGGUUAUGCCAUACCUCGUGAGGCGUCAUAAGAUGGCUUCUGAAGUAUCGCUCCCCUCGAAAAAAUAGUUCUGUACGAUGGCAGAGAAUAUGUUCCGAGCUCUCGGGCUCGUAGUGACAGAAUCAACAAAUGUCAUCUUGACUUUUGCCAUUUUUUCAGAUGAGACCGUCAUGUAAAUAAACCUCUGAUUAUACGUAAAUCUUUUCUUUUUAGAUUCAUUAGUUUUUUGGCUCUCGUUGUAUCUGGAUGUAUGAAUUUCUUUGCUUGUCGAGCACUUUCUACGUUACGCCAGUCGUUUAUUAAUUUAUUAAUAGUGUUCUAGUUUGAUGACACAGUUAGAUAUACCUAGAAAUGGUUCUGGUUCAACAAACAUGUUUGAUACACCACGCCUGGCUAAUUCGUCGGCCACUUCGUUACCAUCGAUUCCUUGGUGGCCAGGUACCCAGAAUAUCAUUAAUUUAUUCCGAGUUGCCACUUAUUGUAAAGAUGUGAUGUACUCCCAGACCAGGGGUGGCAUUGCGCAUCUCGAAACGAAAGGUUUAUUGUAUUCAAGCUUGUAUUAAAAAGUCGAUUCGAAAUGGCUCCAUAAUCGGCCCUAUUCUGCGCGGCGUGUGACGUGAGACGACUAAUCUCACCUCACUCUACGUGACGUGCGACGCCCAUUUAACCGCAAUGGAGAAUCUCACCUCACCCGAGUCGACUCUUAGAAUCGAGCGAAAAAAGUCACGUAAAGUGAGGUGAGUUUAGUCACCUCACGUCACACGCCGCGCAGAAUAAGGCCGAAUGUCGCCCCAGUUUGGACUCACUUUUCGACGACCUUAAUGACAACAGUGCUGCUUGGUUUUCCGAGAAGAUUUUUGCGUGUCUGUAGUUUCGUGUAUAUUGCAUAUACCUCUGCCUGGAAAAGUGUAGGCCACAUUCCCAUUGAUAUCGCUUCUUUAAUUCUUGGUCCGUAGACUCCCGAGCUAAUCAGCUCACCCAUUUUAGAACCAUCCGUAUAGAAUGAUAUUGUACCUUGUGGUAGUAUGAGACCCCCUACAUCCCACAUCUAACGUCCACUAUGUGGACCUCAAACUUCGGUUUAGCCUCCAUUUUAUCUUGAACUGUAGUCAAGACAGGGUUUAGUUUAAGUUCCUUUAUUAUACUCAGGUGACCAUUUAAAUUCCUAUCAAAUAGUAGUUUACCCUUUAGCACUCAGAGAGCCAAGUCUCGCCUCCCUCAUAACAUGUUUGUGCAAUGAAGGUAGAUAAAGCAUGUUGAUUUCAUAGCGCCUGUGAUAGAGAGGCAGGCUAGCCUAUGAACUUUAGUUAGUUUAGUUUGGGCGGUCUUUUGCUUAACUUUGGGCCACCACACAAUGGAGGAAUAAGUUAAUCGUGGUCUUGCGAUGGUUGUGUAGGACCAGUAAGCCAACCUCGGUUUGAGACCCCAAGUUUUCCCGAAGAGUUUACUGCACGCCCACAGUGCUGUUGAUGCUUUAUUAACGGCGUAUGUCAGGUGCGAGUUCCAAUUCAGUUUUUUGUUUAGGUUAACACCUAGAUGUUUCGCUUUUUCUGCGUAGUUGAUUGUAGUUCCACUGAGCGUUGGGGGAUCCAAGUUCAGUUUUUUCAUAUUGGAAAACGGUACAAUAACCGUUUUUGCAGGGUUCACAUUGAGUCCCUUUUUGAAACACCAUGUCAUGAUGAACUUCAGGGCUAAUUGAAUCCGAUCACUUAGUACAGAUUCAUGUUUUCCCCUCACAAUUAGGAUGGUGUCAUCUGCAUAUCCAACAAUCUCGAAGCCCAUUUCAGUCAGAUCAUUGAGAAGAUCAUCGACCACUAGCGACCAGAGCAGUUGUGAUAGCACGCCUCUCUGACAGUGCUACGAAAUUUCAAAAUCAGUUACCUAUUUCUGCUUGCAUUUACCGAAACCGACAUUCAGAUUCACCGGCUCCCUCAUUCAUUCACUUUCCAACUGACUGAAAUUUCAUGCAGAAUCGAACGCUUGAGUGCAGAUGAAAUAUAAAUUCAUUCAUCAACCAAAGCAUUCAUUUGUUAUUAAGUCGACAGUUUGAAGGCAGAAGUUAGCAUCUUCUACAUUUUCGAGCAUAAGUGAAAUGCGUAAUCUAUAUCUGGUGCACUCUUGCUCAAUAAUCCCUCUCAGAGCAAGCAUAGAAAUAAAAUUCACUUUUGGGGUUUUCGAUUGAUUGACACCGGUGUAGUGGAGUGCACUGAAACUGCACCGUUUUUGCACUUUCUAGCAGAAGUGCAGAAAACUGGGUAUGUUCCAUUGACACUUCUGCUAGAAAGUGCAAAACCAGUGCAAUCCACUACACCGGUGUCAAUCAAUCGAAAAUCCCAUUUGCUUCUGAAAUCGAACAUGUCCGAACCAGACUGCGCUGCGCCGGGAGAACGAAUGGCGAGGGAAACGAACCAAACAUUUCAUUCAUCGCAGCGGGCAUGAAUUGAAUUUCGUUUUCUUUCAAGUUCACGCAGGGAUAUCAAAUUUUUUCAGCUCUGCUCCCUGGGGACAGCCUCUUUUGGCUGUUAUAGUUGCUUUCGUGUCUCCCAACGUUGCUGUGAUCUCUCGACUCCUGAGCAUUGCAAGAAUCCAUUCCCCUAUCGAUUUUUCCACUCCUCUUUUUGCUAGUGCCUUGCGAAUUUAUAUGUAGGACGUAUUAUCAAAAGCACCCCGACGUCUAGAAUUCGGCCACAUAUAAUACAUAUGUGUCUUAUUUCGUAUUUACAUAUAUAUAUAUCCUAGACGUCAAAUAAAUCAAUAAGGGCGGUUGCUGACAACUAUAUCUUGUGAUUCGGGUCGAAAAUCCUAUGAAACGAUUCGAACGUUACCGGCACGGCUCAUACGCACGAUAUUACCCAGCGAUUCGUCAUUUCGCUUCUGUUGCAUUAUCAUCGCUUGCACCUACGAACGGGAAAAUUUUUCCCGUACGGACAGACGAACGUUCCUCUUCCGUGGCUCAUGUCAAAUCGUCGCUGUUGUGCUAUCUUAUGACAAGCGCCAUUUAGCACAUUUCGAGAAAAACGAUUUUUAAAGUUUGAGAUUGAAUAUCUUGAAACUUAUAAAUGGUAUAAACAAUCCAAAGAAGACAAUGGAUGCUUCUAUCUGUUCUGCAUUAAUCUCUCAAAUAUUACGAAGAUCGGUUGACUAUGUUGCGAGUUUUUACUAUGAAUCAGAGUUUUUAAUAGUAGAGUUGCGUAAAGAGGAUUGGCAACAUUGGACCAAUCAUUGGUCUUUUUUAAAUUUUGGCAACCUUUUAUUUUUGGUUAAAUUUCAAAUGACUUCUCUCGAACGCUUCAGUUAGUUACUUUGUGCAUUUAAAAAUUUAAAAUUAAGUGUUUAGUUUUAUUUUGUAAAAAUCAGUACGAUAAAUAACAUCGUAUAAAGAAUAUAAGCUUUUUCCGGUUCACAACUGAUCCGCAACUAAGAACGAAAUGCAUUGAUUUUUGCCGCUUGCCGUCUGAUUGGGGUGUGACAAAAAAUAGUCGAAUUUGCAGCGUAUGAUAAAUUUGAAUAAGUACAUAUGUAUAAAUGGAAUGCGUCAAAGUUUUAGCUGCACUUUAACUAUGAGAAAUGCCUUCAUAUUUCCACUGUCGGUGGAAGAUUAUUAACACUACCCAGAGCUGUUCCGGUGUUUGAAAUAGUGCCAAAUUUGAAUAUCAGUGAACAUAUGUUUUUUUUAAUAAUUGCCAUUAAGUGAAAUAUUCCUGGUUUUGUAUAAUGUUAAUAUUACAUCAUUGAAUUUUCUCAUAAUUAUAAUCACAUAAUAACGAUACUCCCCACGCAUUCCAGCAUUGUUAUUCUUCGUGUCCGAUAGGUAGACAUUUUGAGUGUUCAAUAGGUAGAUUUGCUUCAGUCUUUGCGCAACUAUUCUUUAUAAACUGUGCUAUGAAUGUAAACAAAAGUCGCACUCACACGUGUCAUAGGCGUGUAUUGAUGACAAAAUUUGUAUGACGUGUCAUAAUCGUGCAUGGAAAAUAUUCCAUAGAAAAAAAUCAUCACUUUUUAACUUUUAUUCAUAUCUUUGAGUUCAUAUGGUCUAGAAACAUUCGGUGAAAUGCAUUUUAAAGGAAAUGAGUCAGGGAAUCUAGAAAAAAUGGUUAUUCUUGAUUACAGUGUUGCCAAACAUAUUUUAUUUCCAGUUCAAAACUAAAACUGUGUUUUUCUCACAACUCGUAUAAUUUUCUUUCGAAAAUGUUUAUGCUAUUGUGUUCCUCAGACAUUUUCACACAUAAAACCGUCUAAAACUUCAAUAUAACUUGAGCCAAUCCCUAGAUAUAGUGAUUUGAAGCAAAAAACUAACAAUUUCUCAUCAUGUUUCUAGCUAUAUCUAAGUAACCAAGUAGAAUUUCAAAAUUCUGAAAACGCCAAUUUGUAGAGAUUUUUCAAACAAGUAAUGUGGCAUAUCUAACUCAGUUUACCCCAAAAUGGCGUUUGUCAUAAGAUAGCACAACAGCGACGAAAUGAGAAAUGAUACCGAGGGUCUGUCUCAAAGGGAAGAAGAGCGUAUCCAAAACAGAAUUUGAUUUGACAAACAUAAAACAGAUUCAAGAUAAUCUGCCUAAGGUAUAUGCAUGAGUGUAUAAUAAUAUUAUUGGUGGCGAUGACCCUGGAAACCCCAAGAGGGCUGAAAGAACUAUUUUAUUUAUUCAGAUAAAUCUCGUUUUUCAUGCCAAAUUCUACCAGCAGCAGCAAUGAUCUUACUCAUCCUGUGUACAGAGUAGGCAUGGCCAUGAAGUAUAGUAUGACGCUUAUGAGUGUGAAGAUGAGGUCUGUGUUAGGAGAAGUCUUGCGCAAGCUUAUGAAAAUUGUAUUUGUUUUACCAUUUUUUGCAGAUUCACGAAUUUUUCAAUAUUGUACUAUUGAAACACACAAAAAAUUGAUAACAUUUUUUACAUGCAGUUAUCUGAAUCGAUUGGUGUUCGAAUUAUGAUCCAUCCAUCAAUCCAAAAUUUAUAAAACGUAAGCAAAAAUUUUGUCUGUUUUCCCACAUUUUUACAAUACGGAUUUUUCAAUGAUAUACAGUUGAAAUACCAAAAAAAAGAUUUUAAGUCGAUUUUUAAGUUUUCUACAUUUAUUACUCUAUAACAGUGCUACAGUCGUUAAAACUUAUGCGGGUCGAAUUUCAAAUUUUAGUUUUACACCUAGCCCAACCCUAUAAAGUCGAGUAAAGUAUUUUCAAUGCUAAAAUGCCUCAGCAGAAAUUUUUAAAACGAAACCACACUGUUGAAACUUCAAAAAGCGUCAUUCAAUUAAAAUACAUUUUUUGUGGGUCUUGUCUCGUUUAAAGCACAGAAAAAUCACAAGCAAGGGGACAGGAUACAUAUAUGAGCAACUAUUUCACAUUUCAGCUAAACGGACUGUACGUUGAUUUAGAGAACCAGAGAACGCGCCCUAUUCUCACAGUCACGUCACCUAGUGACUAGAAGAAAAUUUCCUUCUAGUCACCAAGUGACGUGACUGUGAGAAUGGGGCCCCAAUCUAGGGAAAUUAAAUGCAUUUAUUUCCAUCAAAAUAGAAAUUCAUAAUGUAUUUUGCGUUGCGUGCAAUCCCGAGCAAAGUCCAACAUCAAAAUUACAGCAAAUAGACAACAUAUUUUGAUAUCAAGCAUCAAAUUGAAAUCUUAUUUUGAUAUCAGUUUAAACUGUUUCAGAUAUGACAUCAUAUUUUGCUCUCAUUUUGAUGUGCUUACAUUUUUAGAAAAAAUUGUUUGUUUCUAUUUCUUUGACAAACAUCAAAUUGGUUACUUAUUUUGUUUUCAAUGAAAUAUUUCACCAUCUCAAUGAGUUUUCAAUUUGCUUUCACUGAUAGCAUAAAUAGUUUUAUGUUUGAUGUCAAUUUUUCUGCUUUCGAUUUUGAUCUUUUAACCGUUAAAACGACCAAAAUGAUAACAACCUGAGCAAUCAUUCCCUACUACAUCACAACAUCGAGUUGAGUUCUCAAUUUGUUAUCAGACUCUGCUCGGGAUGUUUUUGCGUUGCGUGCAAUGUUGUUUUGCGUUGCGUGUAAGACGUCAAAACCCUACAGAAAAACUAGCCCUACAUUUAACAAAACGUCGAACAAAGUGGAUCAGCGUAGGACGUUUGUUAAACAAACUUUUUUGCGAGGCAGUGCAAAGCUGAUGCAAAAAUGGAAAUUAAAUCCUUUUUUUUAAUUUGAUGCAAAUUUGUUAUACAUUCUUAGAGUGAUCUGCCCCUAGGCCCCAAUUCUUUAUGUGACGAAAAUAGUCGCCCGGGUUUUUCGUUGUUUUUGACCAGAAAUGCAAUUUUAGUUGGCGGAUGCCUUCUUUUCUUUCUUUUUUGACAGCAGAACGACCUGGAUAUUAGCGAAGACUACAUAUUACGAAGACUGAUAUCUCUUUCCUUCCCCCAUACAAACGAGAAGCGACAGAGGUUACAGCGCCUCUAUUGGAGGAAGGUAGGAAGCUUUAUGUAAAAGUGUAUAUGUGUGUGUGCAUCACUAUGGGAAGUACCACCUUUACCCGCAAGUGGCGUUGCUGUUACUGUCUCCAGAUUCUGGACAGAGUUGCCAGUCUUCUUGAUAUGCAGUCUUCGAUAUUAGGCAGUUCGUCCGCAUUUUUUUCGACAGGGAUAACACUGAUGCCAUUCAGGGAUGCCAUAUGGAAAUCUGUGCUUCAGCAAAAAAAAUCUGUAUUAUGUAUUAAAAAAAAAUCAUGAAAAUGGCAAAAAUUCGUCAUGUAUGAAAAAGAAUCUGUGACCAAAAAUUGGUCAAUAAAUCUGUGACAUUACAGAAAAAUCAGUGAUCCUGAUGGUAUCUUCUUCUUAAUUAUUUUUUGUAUUUGAAUCCGUUUUGAUUUACAUUUUAAGUGAUUUGGCCACUUGGCUCUGCAUCUUAAUUUUAGUCUAUAUAAUAUAUACUUAUGUUUAUGGACUUCCAAACGGCUUGACAGAUUGCCGUAAAAAUUUAUACAUAGUAGGCAUAUGUUAUGGAGCGUGUUUGUGUGCUCUAUUGGUUGGGUAAUAUCUGCCCGCCAAAUUGCGCCUCGGAACAAAUUGUGUUUUCCUUCUAUUUCGUUGAAAGUCUCAGCAACGCACGAUGGGUAUUAGCUAGUUACAUAUAUUUUCUUCUCUUUGUUUUCUUAGCCCUUUUUUGUAAUGUUUAAUCAUUUGUUGAGUUUUUGGAAGUUUUGAAUCAUCUUCGAGAUCUUAUUAAGAAUGUGCUGAAGCUUCAGUUUGUGUGUCUGGCCACAGCCCUACCAUACAGGGACCGCGUAUUCUAUGGCAAGGCAGAUGAUUUGUUUAUAGGCAGUCAUCUGGUUCCCCAGGCUCAAUUUAGGUAUUCUAAAUAUCGGCGGGUACAGAGAUCGGAUGAAUAUGUGACAUUCGAUGAUAAUUUUGUUAACAUAAGACAUGAAAAUCAGAUGUCUGUCGAGAGUCAUUCCUAGAGGUUAGAUAGAACAAGUCUUGGCGAAUUCGAAUGUGGGAAUGUGGCAGCUCGUGAAAUAUUUAGUCAGGGCAUCCAGGCCCAUCUGUAAUUUGUUCUUCAGAUCCUUGUAGAGGAUUGCUGUGACAGGACUCCAUCUCCCAGCAGGGGUGGGAUGUCAGAAGUGAAGAUGUUAUACAGAAUGGGCCUACGGAUACUUCUCUGGGGCACAUCUGCAGUGAUGAUUUUUUUCUGAAAGAACAUUUUUCUGGGACACCUGGAACGCUCUUUCUGAAAGACAAUUUUUGAUGAUCUUGAUAAGAUACGUUGGAAAAUUUUAUCGAUGCAGCUUAAACACAAUCCACACAUUGUCGAACGCCUUCUUUAGAAUUCCCAUUGCCGUCGCUUUAGAAACUGACUUGUUCCGCUGGAUGAUGUUGGUAACGCUGGUGAGUUGAUGGAUGGUGGAUCUUCCUUUACGAAACCCAAACUAUUCCUCAAGGAAAACACUACGCUCGUUGACAAAGGACAGAGCGCGUCUUUGGAUUGACUUCUCAAACAAUUUGGAGAGGGCAGGGAGCAAGCCGGUGAGUUAAUAACUUUUAGGAAUAGAAGGAUCUUACCCCGAUUUUAGUACUGGGAUAACUUUAGCUAACUUCCACGCUGAAGGGAAGUAACAAAACUUUCAGCACCGAUUAAAGAUUUUACCUAAGAUGGCAAAUGAGCUGGAUGUUCUGAUAAAAGCCAUCAACUCAUCCGCAGUGUCUCUUGUUUCCUCAGGGAUCAGACUGUCUGAUCGAUCAAUCUCGGCCAUGCCCUCAGCAAUGGCCCUGUCAUAUGGACUAUCUAUGCUUUGAUCGUUGAUGUUGGUGAUGAAAAGAUCCAGCAUUGAUCCGACUCCGUUGUGGGAGUAGAAGGUUGGAAAGUCUGGAGAAAGGAUGUUGUAGUGACCUAGGAGGUCAUCGCCGAGAAUGACGCCUUUGCGAUUCCUCCUGCUGUUUCUCUACAACUCAUGCUUAUCGUUCAGAUCACCGGCAAUGAUAUACUUGGAGUGUCGCCUAGUCAGGUUAAUGAUGUCGUUUUUCCAAACCCUUGCUGAACCAUCACGUUCAUUUACCAGCCUUAGACAAUAGAGCGCAAUGAACAUAAGAACCAGUUAUGUAUGCAACUAUGCUACUCUACAACAAUAAUUCACAUAACAUCUUGCCAUUGCUUGGUUUGACAGAAUUUCAAACAGCAAUGUAUGUUUUUAAUGCUUUGCAUAACCCAAUAGCGCAUAAUAAUUUACACUUCACCACAGGCACUCGUGUGUAUAGAACCAGGCAAGCCAAUAAUUUACAACGCUCCAGGGCCUCCACAAACCUUGGUCAAAAACGUAUUUCAUUUAUCGGGCCAACGGUCUGUAAUCGGCUUCCUACUGAAUAACCACAUAUAACAAAUCGCAUCCAAUUCGAAACAAGGCUGAAACAUUUAAAAGAAAUAAAACUAGAGAAUUUUUAAUAUAGAUUUAGUUAUUCACCAAAAAGUUUUCUUUAUGUGCAUUAUUUUAAUAAUAAUUAUACCUACUAGAAUUUAGAAAAAAAUACUUUCUGUGACUAUCAUAAAUACUAUAGCGGGCCCCUUAAAAGGAACAUCGUUCCACUGGGUGCUCGAUGCAGUUAUUUUUCUUGCAUUUAAGGUUGCACAGAGAAUGUACAAAAUUCGCAAACGAAAAAAGCAGUUUUUUUCCACACCGUAUGUCAGAUCUUCAUAAAAAUCAAUCAGCAGUACUGUAACAACAUUCUACACACGCUGAUUGAUUUUUAUGAAGAUCUGACAUACGGUGUGGAAAAAAACUGCUUUUUUCCUUUGCGAAUUUUGCGCAUUCUCUGUGCAACAUUAACUCUAAUAUCUUUAUUGUGCCGGUUAUUUGUGUUGCCUUUUUUGUCGCUGAGAACUGAUGUGUCCACUACCAGAAGGCUCUCUGUGCGAGCCUUUUGGUGUGGGGGUGAGAGGUGGGCCAUUUAAAUAAAAAACAUGAUAGCGCCUAUGGUUGUUUCGACUUUGAUGCCCGUAUCUUCAAUGAUGGCCAGCGAAAAUCAGGAUGCAUUUUGAACAUAAGUAUUUAAUGAACCAGGCUUGUUUUUUGCUCACACAAUGAGCCACAAAGAGCGAAAUACACCGAUUAAAAAUAGAGCAGCACAAAACACUGCGAUGUGCAGAACGACCGCACAAAGAGAAACUUGAAAACGAUAAAGAGUAAGAUCUGUGCACCAAGAGCUGCACAAUUUCGUUCAAAGAGUCACCUUGAAGAGCCACUUUUUUGUGCCUCCCCUCACUGGAAAGCAGGUAGGAAGGCGAAUCAAACUACAAUUCAGGCCGCCAUCUUGGAUUUCAAAAUGACACCAACCAUCAAUUUUCGCAUUGUUCUAAUCACUACAUUUCAAAUGACACCCAUAUUGAUGGUGGUUUUCAGUGUUUUGCGGUAACUGAAAGCCACCAUCUUGGAUUUCAAAAUGGCGUCAAUCAUCAAUUUUCGCCAUCUAAUCAUCUUUCAAAUAACACGCAUGAUGGUUUUCAGUGUUUGUUGGUAACCCGAAGCCGUCAUCUAGGAUUACAAAAUAGAGCGCUAAUCAUCAAAUUUCGCGUUCUACUAAUCACUAAAUUUCAAAUAACACCCAUAUUGAUGGUAGUUUUCAGUGUUUUGCAGUAAACUGGAAGCCGCCGUCUUGGAUUUCAAAAUGGCGCCAAACAUGAAUUUUCUACUAAUCACUACCUUUCAAAUGAUAUCCUCAUUGAUGGUGGUUUUAAGUGUUUUUUGGUAAACGGGAAGCCACAAUAAUGGAUUUCAAAAUUGCGCCACUUAUCAAUUUUCAGCUUCUACUAAUCAUUACCUUUUAUAUGACACCAAUAUUGAUGGCUGCUUUCAAUGUUUUGUGGUAACCAGGGGGGUGUCACUCCUGUCAUCCGCUAUUGAGAUAUACAUACUUUGACAGUAGUCAACAUAUUUUGGACCUACCCGCUUCUAGGCCCAUGUCGCCUGUGCAAUAGCAUUGGGUUGUUUUGAUUUUAACAAAGACAGAUGUUGGCUAGGACAAAAUGGCUCCUAGCAGGGGGCUGGUGGUAACCGUUAACUGCCAUCUUGGAUUUCAAAAUGGCCCCAAUCGUCAAUUUUCACUUUCUACUGCGAGUUAAUGGCAAAACCAAAAAGCAUCCAAAUUUUUGCUUAAGUUUAUUUGUCCUCUGCAAAAGUAAAUGUUUUUUCAAAAGCUAUCCAAUUUGGUAAUCUAUAAACCUCCAACGAAUAAACACAGAUAUUUACUUUAUCGAUAAUUAUGAACAAACCUGUGGAUCGCAUCAGUCAAUAAUACGUAUUCUAAGCUGAAAUAUCUCCUCCAUCAUUUUUUCGAUGCUUCUGAUUUUUUAAACAUUUGCUUCUCAUUUUUCGGGUCUAAUCCCAAUUUCAUCACAUGCUAGCUAAGGUUUCAAUGUGCCAAGUGGCAGCCAAAUUACCCACAACACUUUCGCGAAAUUUCGCCCUGACACAUUCUCUAUUGAAUUCGAAUAGUAAAAACAAAUCAAUUAACAGAAAAAAUGGAAACAUCCCACACCAAGCUAUAUGCACGCACGGAAACGGCAAAACUAAAACAAUGACAAAUAUCUCAACUGAUGAGGGUGGUACAUAUAUCUUUAGCGUGUAAGAUGAUGUCUAUAUUAAGGAUGGAACAUAAAUAAAUAAAAUCUAAUAAAAAACGAGAAACAAGAACCGGGAAAUUUCUAUUCAAUGUUAGAUUGUACCUUUUUGUAAUUUAUUAAAACUAAACAACAAGUGAGCAAGCAGCAAGACGAAGUAAAAUUUAUUAUAUUUCUAGUAUUAGGCGAUAAACUUGAGAAGUUUAACACGAAUCAAAGAUAUCAAACAACCUAUAUAUAAUAAUAGAAGAAAGGUAAUAGGGUUGGAGAGAAUUGAUUCACGAAGAUAAAUAGAUUAAGAACUAUCUGAAUCAAUUAUCGUCGAACCGAGGAAUAACGAUCAACAAACAAGGGAUUUUCACCGCGAUAGUAGAAAAGUAAGCAUUUGAUGGCUAGUGGCAUGAACGUACAGGCGAGGUUGGCGCAUGUUUCCCAGCAGCUGAAACUGUCUGGGAUGAAGUGAUUUAAAACCAAUACAUUGCAACUGGAAACACAAACAGCCGAGUGUGAAACUUAUGCUUGGAAUUAUUUUAUUGGAAAUAUUUAGUUAAACUAAUUUGUAAGACCUAGCAAAAGCGAGAAGGAAAUUCAGCAUACCAUUUGUUCACGAACAAAGCAAAAACAAACACCAUCGAAGCCAAUUGAACGUACGCAUAAUUGAUCUUCAUUAUAGUUGAAAAAUAGAGUAAAGCAUUGAUUAGAUAUUUUUGUGUUAGCAUUAAACAUCAAUCACACAAACUCGUCCGUAGGUUUCUGUUCUGAUACUAAGGUAUUUAUUUUGCUAAUACAUUGAAUUCUGGUAAACUAUAUAACUGCACCUAUCAAACUUCCAUACUUAUUUGUUGGAUUUCUUUUCACGUUAAGGCAAACAAAAAAAGUGAAGGAAAAAUGUAAGCAUGUAGAAUAUAAUAAACUGUUUCAAGUUUAGAUUAA